UUGCAACAACUUAUUUAUGUUUUUCCCAACCCGAAUCCGGAAAACAAUAAAGGUAAAGAAUUUGAGGGAAAAAAGAGGAAGCAUUAAUUAAUAAAGCUGCACAGAAAGGAGGAAGAAGGAAUAAAAACAAGAUCCACCUCGAACCACUCUGUUAUGCUUUGGGGCUAACUUUGGGGCUGCUUGUUGUUCCUUAUUUGUUUGUGAUUAAGACUAUUUUGUGAGUUGGAGAAGAAUAACAAUGAGGGAAGAAGACUCGAAUUGGUUCUCGAGAUGGGAGGAAGAGCUGCCGUCCCCGGAGGAGCUGAUGCCGCUUUCCCAAACCCUAAUUACGCCUGAUCUUGCUCUCGCCUUCGACAUUCGUAACCCGAAUCACGACUACCGGACUCCGCCGCCGCUGCCGCCUCCUGCUGCUCUUCCUCUUCCAUCCUGUGGAGCCGUGCAGCCUCCUUCUAUGCCCACCUCUUCCGAAUUCGCCUCCGAUUCCGGGGACUUGGGGUCCGGCGGCGCCGGAGACGAGCCCGCGCGAACCCUCAAGCGGCCUCGGCUCGUGUGGACCCCACAGCUGCACAAGAGAUUCGUCGACGCCGUGGCUCAUUUGGGGAUCAAGAACGCCGUCCCCAAGACCAUAAUGCAGUUGAUGAGCGUCGACGGUUUGACCAGGGAAAACGUUGCCAGUCAUUUGCAGAAAUAUCGCCUCUAUUUGAAGAGGAUGCAAGGGUUAUCGGGCGGAGCUGGCAGUGCCGCUACAGCCGAUCCAGCUACCGACCAUUUAUUCGCAAGCGCACCGGUUCCACCCCACUUCCUUCACACCGGUAGGAGUAAUUCGGAGCAUUUCUUGCCGUUUGUGCCCGUGCAGGGCCUGCAGCAUCACCAGCAACACCAGAUGGUGGCAGCCGCCGUAGGACAUCCGCAUUUGCCGACUCAGUAUCAUAGGCAACUGGGGCAUUUCGGGUCAUCACCAAAUGGCCAAUUCGAGCAUCCCUUAUUAGAUAGGCCGGCGCAGCAAACCCUGCAUAGGAUGGGAGGGGCGCCAUUGCAUAACCAAGUUCCCAGUAGCCAUGUCCAAGAUUUGGAAUCUUCCAAUGGCAAUGGUGGAAGGAAGGUUCUCACUUUAUUUCCAUCCGGAGACGAAUGAUUCACACUCAUAAUGUAGAAUAUUGCGGGUG